AUGGAUGCAGGGAACUGGGGUGGCACAGGAUCACUCCUGAGCCAGGCCUUUGGAUCGGCAACUCCUGUAGAAGGGUGCGCCAUCCGAUGUCACCUCUCAAGGCUUCAACUGCUGUGCCCCUCGGUGGACUCAGCCCGUUUCUACUUGACUUUGAACCAACAUAAACCACAACAAACAGACGCCAUAUUGGUUGUGUACCCCUUGAUCCUAGAGAGACCAAGGGAGAGAGACGAGUUAAAGGAAGAUCUCAAUUUACUACUGAACUACAAAGGGAGCGAGGAAUGUGACAAAAAGGGAGCAGCUCUGUUGAAGAACCAGGACAGGGCAGGGAAGGUGAAUGGCCCAUCUAUAUUCCCUGACCUCUGCACUUCACACCGCAAGAAUUUGAUGCACAUGUUGAAAAACCAUCAAAAGCUGCAAGACAUCAAAAGGAGAUGCAUCAAGGCAAAGGAAGAGCUGUCGGAGAAUUUGCACGUUAGACUGAAGUGGAUAAUGUAUAUAGAGAGGCGUCUGUACGAGGCAGACACGCGCGUCUCCAUUCACCAAGAGAGUGUGCGGCGCCUGGCUGGACUCCUGCAGGUGGUGGAGCAGAUUCACCCGCGCCCCGAGGGUCUAUGCCGCAGCCGUUCACGGAGGUGGCUCGCCGGCACGCCUUCUCCAGGGCCUUCCUGCAGGUGA